AUGGAAGAGAGACUCCAAAAGUACCGACGCUCAAUCGAAAGAAAGAGCAAUCAACUAUAUGCUUCACUCAUGCCCCAGGAAUCCCUAGACACAGGGGUACGAGCUAAUCUUUUACUGGAGGGAAAGCUGGGGAAAAGCAUAGAGCGUGCAGGCUCAGUUCUCGCCCUCCUCCCAUCCGCGAAGCUGAGGCGGGAGAAAAAGCGUAACUCCCCAGUGUCAUAG